UUUUGGGCCAAUCUUAGCGCGCUGAAGUGACAUAAUGGAAUUUUUAGGGUUAGGAAGCAAGCAAGCAGAGGGUUGGGUGUGUGCAUAGCAGUCGUUCCAUUGGGAAAAAGCGCUGGACGCGGGCGAGAAGAGAAGGAAAAGCUAAGCCACUACUAUUGUUUUAGCCUCGGGCAUAAAAGGUAGGCUAAAGGGGGACAGUCGAUUAACUCGAUCAGAGUUUGAAGAGAGGAAAAAUACAGGAAAUUAACCUGAACUGUGUUUUAUUGCCUGAGUUUAACUGUUGAAUCGUCUUAGUUUAUGCGUGAAGCUCAACAGACCCUCAUGUGAAGGGUUAUAAUGGAAAUAACCCUCUACCCUGGUAGUGUGCUGAAUACUCGAGGGAUCGCAAGCCUCUAUUCCUACAACAGCAUGAUGAAAAAAGACAUGAGUCUAAACCUGGACGACCAAAGCUCCAAUCUGAAACCGAAUCUCCGGGACGCAGACGGAAUUCUUAACUCUUCGGACUUGGGACUCUUGAAAUUGGCCACCCCGGACCUAGAACGGUUGAUUAUCCAAUCGAAUGGAAUGGUUACGACGACCCCAACCUCUCAGUUCCUCUACCCGAAGUCAGCCAGCGACGAACAAGAAUUUGCGGAAGGCUUCGUGAAGGCGCUAGAGGAUCUUCACAAGCAGAACCAACUGAGCGAGGGGACGUGCGCACCACCGGACAGACUGGACCUAAUCGGCUCCAACGCAGCCCCGGUCGGCUUGCCGUCAGAUCUGCCAGUGUACACGACUUUGAACGGCUAUGGAAAUAGCCCAUUGGGCACCACAGUGAAUUAUUCCACGGAUACCAUUCCAUUCCCACCGCCACCUUCUAAUCUGAUGAGCGCCCAUCAACAGGCGGCUGCGGCAGCGCUGUCACGACUCCAGGCGUUCAAGGACGAGCCGCAGACCGUCCCCGACAUGCAGUGCUUUGUAGACAGCCCGCCGUUGUCUCCCAUUGACAUGGACAACCAGGAGCGCAUCAAAGCAGAGAGGAAAAAGCUGCGCAACAGAAUAGCGGCGUCCAAGUGCCGCAAAAGAAAGCUGGAGAGAAUAUCGCGUCUUGAAGACAAGGUCAAAAACUUGAAGACUCAGAACACUGAACUGGCCUCCACAGCCAGUGUGCUCAGAGAGCAGGUGGCCCAGUUGAAACAAAAGGUUAUGAACCAUGUCAGUAAUGGAUGUCAGCUUAUGCCAAAACCAGUACAAGUUUACUAGAGGAUUGUUUAGGCCUUUGAGGCAACCAACAUUACGGGGUUAGUUAUCCUCUGAGGAUAUUGACUAACUGAAACAUAGUAGGCUAUUUGCCUUUUCUCAUAUAAUAGAAUACACAUUCACACCUGCAAAUCCAUUAGAACUGGAACACUAUGGGUCUCUUAAAAAUGUUGGCAAAAAACCCGUUUUGUAGCAAACAGACCAUUUUUGCUGCCCUCUGUCGGGCAACAUGCAUAUCAGCUCUCCAAUGGACAAAUUCAAUACAUAGCCUACCUACAAGGAUAGCAUUAUCUGCAUGUAAACUGGACAAUCUCAAUGAGUGCAACUAAACACCAGGAUGUCAUUGAGUGCCUGUCAUCCACUGUGUAAUAUAUGCCUUACUUGUUUACAAGCACUUACCAAUGACAAAUGUAUAUUUUAUUUACCAAAACGUCUUAUUUUGCAAAUAUGAAUUGUGCAUGUCUUGUAAGCUCGUGUACAGUAAUUCUGUUCAUUCUGUUGUGCAGUUCUGUGUUGUCACCAUGAAUGUAGCCUUCAUUGUUGUUGGCCCCAUGUAGCCAUUUUUAAUGGGAUUUUAUCUCUCAAAGAUGUUUAUUAAAUUCACUGAAUUAUUUAA